UCUUCUUUCCCUCCCAAAUAACGAACUGUACAAAGCGCGGGAACGGUUAGCUCCUCUCUCUCUCUCUCUCUCUCUCUCAUGGCGGAUUCUUGUUCACACUGGUGGCACUGCCCAUUCUACUUCGCCAUGUCCAUAACCCUCGCCCUCGUAGCAAUCUCCGCAUCCAUCCAUCUCAACCAAACCCCAUCACCCCAAACCCCCCUCCCCCACAACCUCUCCUUCGCCGCCUCCCUCACUCUUCGCAGACACGGCUUCGCCGCCACGGCCACCCUCCUCCAAAUCUCCCCCGAACUGCUCCUCUCCUCCCCCAAAACGACCCUCUUCGCCAUCCGAGACUCCGCCUUUUCCAACAUCUCCGCUCACCCGGAUUCCAUGAAACAACUCCUCAAGUACCACGCUUGUCCUUUCAGACUCCCAAUGGGAGAGCUCUCCAAGAAUCCCAACGGUACUUGUUUUUCCACCCUUGUUCCUCGCAAGAGCAUCGCAAUCACGAGGAUCGACCCAAAACAGGGGAGUCCCAGUUCGAUUGAGAUCAACAACGUGUUGAUUACCCAUCCGGAUUUGUUUCUCGGGGGACCCAUUUCGAUCCACGGUGUUCUUGGGCCUUUCUCUACGUUGCCCAUAAAGGAAACCGAUCGAGAUUGGGAAAUCACUCAGCCAUCCGUCUGCAAUUCCAGCGGCAUAAAAAUCUCAAGCGCAGGGGAAUUCAAGAACACGGUUGAGUGGAACCGGAUUGUGAGCUUUAUGAGUUCUAACGGGUUCGUGUCGUUUGCAAUCAGAUUGCGUUCGGUUCUUGAUGGGAUUCUUGUCGAUUACCCGGACUUGAACACGGUGACGAUUUUCGCCCCGUUGGAUUUCCUGUUCGUGACCCCGUCCUGGCCUCUGCUUGAUAGGAUGGUGAGGUUCCAUAUGGUUCCUCAGAGGCUCACUUUGGUCGAAUUGGCUCCGUUACCGGAGAAAUCGAUUUUGAGCACACUGGUUCCGGGUGGAAAUCUUGUGAUCACUAGAAAUGCUUAUUCUGUGAGGAGGGCGGUGGCUGUUAACGGAGUGGAGAUAGUAGCACCGGAUAGCUUUUCGUCGGAGCAUUUUGUGGUUCAUGGAAUUGCUGGAGCUUUUACGAUGGGGGAACUUCCCAGUUUGUGAAUUGGUUCAGAAUCAUAGUUAGGGCGAACAUUUUUCGCCGAUUGCGCUGUUGAUUCCAAAGACGAAGUAGAUUUGGAUUUGGAUUUCAUUGUAGCUCUUUUUUAAAAAAUUUGAGACCCAAUUCAAACUGGACCAAUGUAAAUGUGAAGAUAUGCUUAAUAGAUCCUUUUUUCCCCCUGUAGAUUUGGAUGAAUGUGGUAUAUAGUAUAUGGAGGAGUGCAGCUGAUCUUCGUGGUUCCUAC